AGCGCCUGCGGAGACACGGGACCACGCGCUCUUGGGAAUGCGAUCCUAAAGGCUUGGGACUUCUGGGGGGGUGGCGGCUUUUAGCCCCUGCUGGAGCCGAGCCGGGCCAGGGGAGGGGGGAUGGUGCUGUUUCUGGGAUGAGUGCGAGUUGGGGGCCGAGGGAACACGGAUGUGGGGUGCAGAACGCUGUAGUGGGGACCUCCAGGCCGGCUUUUGCUUGCACCGGGGGGAAGAAGAAACUACACUGCGGGGACGAGCGGAAGGGUGGGCACGAGCGGCAACAGGUCGUGAAGCGGGUGGGAAACCGAGCACUGGAAUCAUGGAGCCGAAGGACUCUGGGCGAGCAGAACUGGAACCUUCGGAUUAUUUACACUCUUAUUCAGGUAGGUGCUGGAGGAAGAGCUGAUCCCAUCUCUGAGGUCAAGGGCUGGACUAGGACAAGGACUGGAGUCUUGAGGAAUGGAUGUCUGGGUCCCUGAGAAGAACUGAUUCCCAUACUGGGCGGACCUCCUCCCAUUCCCUUGCUCAUCGCCAGCCCCCUGUGCUGAGUGAGAAAGGGAGAGACAGCCAAGCAGCCUGCUGCAUAGAGCUGCAGAACACCAAGUGGGUCACCAGAGCACCAAAUAUGCCAGAGCUCCCAGUCUGAACUGGAGCGGGGUACAUGUGUCCACAGACAUAUGCCAAGAUCAAGAGGUCUCAACAGAUGCAGUGUAAGAGGUAAUAGAGAAGAGUUAAUCAAGGAAGACACCUAAAGGAGGUGGGUGUUCACUGACUAGUGGCAGGAUCAGUGAAAUGACUGGAGCUGAGGCACAUUACUGCCCUAGCUACAGGCCCAGAAGUUUGAAAAGAAAGAUGUUGUAACCCUAACCCUCGAGCCCAACUUCCUCUCCUAACAAUGCUGGGGAGGAACCCAGGCUGGGGGAGAAGUUAAAGCCAGCGGAGGGGCAGGAAUGUCUGAGGUGGCAACACUUCUCUUCAGCCAGACAGCGCUGGCCAGUGUGGAGUCUGUCCAUCCUGCAGGCCACAAGCUCUGGAUGAGGAACUUGAGGCAAGUCACUAGCCCCUGAUCAUUUCGCCUAAGAGAGCAAGGACUAGAGUUCCUGACCUCCACGCCAGUCCCUGAUCCCUGACUUAAUGUCCCUGCAAAAUGAUGGUAAAACGAAUAUAUAUAUAUACAUCUACGGGGGCCUGGGGCUGGGCGGGCUCCUGCUUCUGGCAGUGGUCCUUCUGUCCGCCUGCCUGUGUCGGCUGCAUCGAAGAGUAAAGAGGCUGGAGAGGAGCUGGGCCCAGGGAUCCUCAGAGCAGGAACUCCACUAUGCAUCUCUGCAGAGGCUGCCAGUGCCCAGCAGUGAGGGACCUGACCUCAGGGACAGAGACAAGAGAGGCACCAAGGAGGAUCCCAGAGCCGACUAUGCCUGCAUUGCUGAGAACAAACCCACCUGAGCACCCCAGACACCUUCCUCAACCCAGGCGGGUGGACAGGGUUCCCCUGUGGUCCAGCCAGUCAAAACCAUGGUCCCCCGACUUCUGUGUCUCAGUCCUCUCAGGCCAUCUCGAGCCUUCGUUCAGAAUGAUCAUCAUCAAAACU